UGUUUUUCUUAAGGCCUUUUAUACAACAUGGUGCGGAAACUAAAAUACCACGAGCAGAAACUGCUUAAAAAAGUUGAUUUCAUAUCAUGGAAAAGCGACAAUAACAUACGUGAAGUAAAAGUCCUUAGAAAAUAUCAUUUACAGAAAAGAGAAGACUACACAAAGUACAAUAAACUUUGCGGAUCAGUGUUGUCUCUCGUAGCCAAAAUCAAGGACCUCGACCAGAAAGAUCCUUUUAGGAUAGAAGCAACUAAUAAACUGCUUCAGAAGCUCUUCGAUCUGGGAAUAAUUUCCUCACAAAAGAAUCUGAGCGUCUGUGAAAAGAUAAGCACGUCAAGCUUUUGCAGACGUCGACUGCCAGUUGUGAUGGUACGGUUGAAAAUGGCUGAGCAAAUAAAGGACGCGGUGAAAUACAUAGAGCAAGGCCAUGUGAGAAUAGGACCAGAGGUAGUGAUGGACCCUGCAUUUCUCGUGAGCAGAAAUAUCGAGGAUUAUAUCACUUGGGCAAAUGGUUCAAAGAUCCGGCAGCGUGUUAUGGAAUAUAAUGACGCAAAAGAUGACUUUGACCUUCUUUAGGUAUUUCUAAAAGUUCUUCAAUACUCGUACAUAUCAAACGUGUUACCCACGAGUGAAACACCUUAAAACCUUUACAAAAAAUGGCAUCUUUCAGUCAUUUUUCUCAGGACAGUAGACUUUACUUCUCGAACAACAACCUUUAUCAUACUUUUCCCGAUGGUCAAAGUGAGUUGUCGUUCUUGCUGUUUUCACCUUGCCACUCUCGUCCUGUGGCAGCUGCUAAGCUUUUAGACAGCCACAGACAAACGCCAAGUACAUGUAAAUUUUUGUCUGUGUGUCGAAUGAUAUGGUUAACUGCAAGUGUUUAAUGGCACCUUGUCUCUUAUAAAAAUUCUCAUGUUUUUUUAAGUUAUUUGACUUUGAAUUUGUUAGAAUUCUAGACUAGAAGUUUUUAAAGAUAGAACAAAAGAUUUCUAUCCAUAUAUAAAUGCACAAUUUCCAUAGCAAGAAAUUAUUCAUAAUCUUGGACAAGAAGGCUGUCUAUCUUUCAUAAUUGUAUGUUUCAGCAAUAUUCCUGACACUAGAGAACUUCAAGUUACUAGAGUUACUAGUGGUAUCACUUUUGUGAGCAUAUUAAUGACCUCCCACUCUGUCACUCUGUCAGAAUCUUCUCUAUAGAAGGCAGACAGUAAUUGGUAGUGUUUUUUUUCUUCCCUCAGUGGUGUGUUUUUACUUUUUCAGAACAUUUCUACAAUUUAAACAAACUUCACACUGUUUUUCCAUCAUAAAUCCUACAGUUGAUACCAAAUAAUUUAUGCACUUUGCUGGAAAUUUCUGCUGUGAAUACCCGUAGUUUCUUAAGUUAUUAACUUCACAGCAUUAAACUGCAUACUAUCUAUUCAUUGUUACCUGUUUCUUUUUAUUAAUGAAUAUUUUAGAGAAUCCUGAAAGUUUUGCCUAACAAA